AUGGCCAAGGAGCGUAACGAUGGUGACGGCCGAUCACUUGGUCCUGACGUUUGCUACCAGUGUGGUAAAACAGGCCAUUUCAGACGAGAUUGCCCAGAACGUAGAUGUUACCGUUGUCAGGCAAAAGGACAUUUGAAGAGGAAUUGUCCAGAAGGUCAAGAUCAGCAUCAGAAUGGCAGGAGUGUUGUAAACAGGGUUUGUUUUAACAAUAAUACAGAUAAGACGGAACCAGGGCGGUUUGCUGUGUGGAAAGGCCAAGGGUUGCAAAAGAGGUGGUUGGAGAACCAGAAGUGUGUCAAAAGUCAGCAGAGUGGGAUUGCUGGGAGGAAGGACCAGGAUAGGAAGCACCAGGUGCGGGGAAGUAACAGAGAUUUAGAGGGGGUAGGAUCGGCUCAGGAGGCAGAGCCCCCUCCCCGGCAGUUUUAA